AUGAAAUUCCAACACCCACUAUCAGCACUUUUUGUGCUGUGCUGUGCUCUUGGACCAGCUUUUACCGCGUCACUUGUCAAACGAGAGGCGCCUCUUCCUGGCGGUAGCUAUUUGCCACCAUCGAGUGCAGGAGGUGCCGGUGGUUAUCCACCAGCUGGUCCACCGAGCGGCAGCUACGGACCACCCAGCAGUGGUAGUGGUGGUGGCUAUCCAUCAAGCGGUGGCUCUCCGUCUCAGCAAUAUGGUGCUCCAUCACAACAAUACGGAGCACCUUCCCAGUCCGGUGGUUUCGGAGGUCAAGCUCCAUCACAGCAGUACGGUGCCCCAUCUGCACCAUCCCAACAGUAUGGAGCUCCAUCUGGCGGUAGCGGCAACGGCUUCGGAUCUCGCCCACAAGCUCCUUCGCAACAAUAUGGUGCUCCCUCAAGCGGCAACGGUUUCGGAGGCCGUGCCCCGUCUCAGCAAUACGGUGCUCCUUCUGCUGCUCCUUCUGCUCCAUCUCAACAAUACGGCGCUCCAUCCUCAAACGGUAACGGUUUCGGAUCUGGUGGACGUCCUCAAGCACCGUCCCAACAAUAUGGUGCACCAAGCAAUGGACACGGAUCUUUCGGUGGAUCUCGCCCACAAGCACCCUCUCAACAAUAUGGUGCCCCAUCUGGUGGUGCUCCUUCGCAGCAAUACGGUGCUCCCAGCAAUGGAAACGGCCACAGUAGCGCUCCAUCACAACAAUACGGUGCUCCCAGCAGUGGUAACGGUGGAUUUCGGCCACAGACCCCUUCUCAACAGUAUGGUGCUCCAUCCGGCAGUGCUCCAUCCCAACAGUAUGGCGCUCCAUCUAGCGGCGCUCCUUCCCAGCAGUACGGAGCCCCAUCCCAGCAAUACGGCGCUCCUAGCAAUGGUAAUGGCAACGGACACGGUUCAAACGGUGGUUCUCGCCCACAAACUCCGUCGCUGCAAUAUGGAGCUCCAUCCCAACAGUAUGGUGCACCGUCCAAUGGAUUCGGAGGAUCUUCUCAGGCACGUUCAUUCGGACCACCAGCCACCAGUUACGGAGUACCUGCUGGACCUUCAACUGGAGGACGACCAUCUAGCCAAUAUGGUGCUCCUGCUCCAGGAGGUAAUGGCAACGGUGGACGACCAAGCCAGCAAUAUGGAGCUCCAUCUACUGGAGUGAGCCGUCCAUCGAGUCAGUAUGGUGCCCCGGCUCCAGGUGGAAACGGAAACGGUCAUAGUCCUUCGCAACAAUAUGGUGCUCCAGCUCCCGGUGGAAACGGACAUAGUCCAUCUCAGCAAUAUGGUGCCCCUGCUCCAGGUGGUAGCGGAAACGGUUUUGGAGCACGGCCAUCUCAACAAUACGGAGCCCCAUCUGCUGGUGCCAGCGGUAAUGGAUUUGGAGCGAAGCCUUCCCAACAGUAUGGUGCUCCUUCUCAUGGAGGAAGUGGAAAUGGUUUCGGUGGACGCCCGUCACAGCAAUAUGGAGCACCGGCACCAGGUGGUAAUGGAAAUGGUUUCGGUGGACGCCCAUCACAGCAGUAUGGAGCACCUGCUCCAGGUGGCAACGGAAAUGGUUUUGGAUCACGCCCAAGUCAGUCUUAUGGCGCACCAGCUCCUGGAGCCGGACGUCCAUCGUCGCAGUAUGGUGCUCCAGCACCAGGCGGCAGCGGAGGUGCUCCAUCGUCUCAAUAUGGUGCUCCUUCAGCUGGAAAUGGCCACAGCAGCGCUCCUUCAUCUCAAUACGGUGCACCCUCAGCUCCAUCGCAGCAGUAUGGUGCCCCAAGCCAAUCUUCCUUUGGUGGCGCUGCCGCUCCUUCCCAGCAAUAUGGUGCUCCAAGCAACGGCAACGGACAUGGUAGCGGAGGAUAUCAGGCCGGUGCAUCAGCUGGUAAUGGCUUCUCACAGGCUUCAUUCUCAGCCAGCAGUUUCUCGUCCAACGGUAAUGGUGCUUCAAGCAGCGGGUACAGUUCUGGCCGACCAGAAUCAUCUAUUCCGGCCACCAUCCCUCAGUCAUACACCUCGAGCGGAGGAUACAACUAUUAA